GCUGGGGGGGGGGGGGUCACGUGCUGGGGAGCGGCGGCCUCGCGCUCCAUCUCCCCUCCGUUCACGUGCGGCGGCCGCCGUCGAGGCUCGCACUCUGCGAGAGAGGCCGAGUGAAAUGCCGCUGGGCACGGCGCUGCUGCCUCUGCUGCUGCUGCCGGCUCUGCUGUGGGCGCUGGGCGGGGUGGGGCGCGCGCGCGGUGACGGCGGUGGCCAGUGCCGCGCUGGGCCCGCGCGCUACGCCCUCGCGUUCCACGCCGAGUGGAACGCGCGAACCUUCCCCAAGCAAUACCCGCUCACCCGGCCGCCUGCGCAGUGGUCUCCGCUGAUCGGUGUAGUCCACAGCAGCACGUUCAGCCUGUGGUCCGAGGGCGCCUUCUCGUCGCCAGCCUUCAAGACGUUUGUGGAGCAAGGAGACUACAGACUCGUGCGCAGCCAAGUGGAGGCCUUGAGGAGCAGGGCAGACUCUGGUUCUGCUGGUGCGGGUACCUCUGCAGGAUCCAGCCCUGUGCUCAACUGGUUCUCCAUUCCUGCGCUGCGAACUGGAGUGGGGAAUUCCACCACGACUUUCCAUAUCGAUGCCCAACAUCCCAUGGUGUCCAUAGUUGUACGUCUCAUCCCGAGUCCGGACUGGUUUGUGGGAGUCAGCUCUCUCGACCUGUGCUCCAAUGCCGGAGGCUGGGCACCGUUGGUGAGCCACGAUCUCCAGCCGUGGGACGGUGGCACGGACAGUGGCUUCGCGUUCUCGUCGCCCAACUACGCGAGCGAGCCGCAGGAGCCCAUCUCGCUCAUCACGGCGCAGAGGCCGUCGCAUCCCGCUAACUCCUUCUAUUACCCGCGCCUCCAAGCGCUGCCCAGGAUCGGCUUCCUCGAGUUCCACCUUCAACCUGCAGACCACGAUUCAAAGGACUCGACGUCAGACUUGCAGAAACAGGAACAGAAUGAAAACGGGACGAUGGACGAGAUGACUCCAAAUGAAAACUCAAUACAACCAAACUCCAGCAAGCAUCCUCACGGCAUCGCCAGCCAACUCUUCAACGCUAUCAAGACCGUCAUCCAAAAUUCGGGCCAGAGAGAGGAGGCUGCUGGAACUCCCCUGGACUGCGAAGUGUCGGACUGGGCGGCUUGGGGGUUCUGCAGCCGGACGUGCGGUAUAGGGGUCAAGCGCAGCACGCGUUUCGUCAUUCAGACGCCUGCCAACGGUGGCCGACCCUGCCCCGAGUUGCACAUGGAGGAGUCGUGCGUGGAUCGUGCCUGUGCUUCGGUCACCCACAACCCUGUGACCUGUGCAGGGGGUCGUGCGUGCGUUGAGACCGCUACGGUGGCAGAUACAGGCGACUCAUCGGUUGCCUCUGCUGCAAUUGAAACGGCGGAGCCCGAGAGCGCGAAUACACCUAACAGUACGGCCCCAGUGCUUGGAAACAGAGAGAUGGCCACUACUGAUAUGAAGCCAACGUCGUCAUCUGCGAUGGCUGCGGAAAAAAAAACUGCCUAUGUGCCCAGACCUGAGAAGACCACGCAUUCAGCGGGCACUAAUUUGAGGAUUCCUGUUUUACAAACUCAAAGGCCACAUGUAGAUUUUGACCACGGCUUCAGAAUCGAUCUUGAACCAACACAGGGGGAGCCCACAAGGCCAUCAGUAGUUUGGUCCACACUCACUUCGGAAACGAAGAUUUCCGACCCUGACGAUGACCCAGAGCUGCAGCAGUCGCUUCGGCUGAGCCCUUCAGCGUUCACAGCGAUGCCCGCGCCGAAUGUCAAACCCCCGCCGAGGAGACCGGCAGAAGCGAGCGCCCGGGGGGCCGCCGUCGCAAAGCGCGCCAAGGCGGCGGACGGGGAUAGAGACGCGGACGGGGUCCCGGCGGGGAGCAAGGGGGACUGUGCCGUAUCUCCGCUGUCUCCCGCGGGGCCCUGCAGCCGCUCCUGCGGCUUCGGUCUCCAGCGGAUGUCCCGCACGGUCCUGCGGCCAUCGAGAGGGGGCGGCCGGCCCUGCCCCGAGCUCUUUGCGUACGACGUGUGUCUCGUUAGAGUCUGCUAAGGCCCUGUGAAUCGGCAGUGCCGGCUGCGAGCCACGACAUCCCUGCCAGGAGUUUGGUACCAACACUGAGAAAGUCGCUAGCUCGUGCACAACCCGGAAUGUUUUAAAGUAUAUGACCAAAGCUGACACGGGUGGUUGAGCAGUAGAGCGAGUGGUCCGCAGCAGUCAGGAAGGUUGCGAGUUCAACUCCUGGUUAUGGGUUAAUUUGGCCCAUCUUUCCCUCCGGGGUCGAUAAAGCGAGUACCACUUUAAGGGGGAAGUCAACAGUGGUUGCCCUAUGGAUAGACUCGACUCUGCCAUAGGAUUGUAGAAUGUCCACUGCUGGCUUAUUUGAGCAGGAACUCACUUUGUAACUUUUCUGUGAAAUAAGCUUUUCAGGAUAAUUACAGCAAGAUGCAGUACAUUUAUAUUUUAACCGAAAGGCUUGAAACAGCUGUUGUUAAUAUUCUUGGUUCUUUCGGUAAAGUCACCUGAUGAUGAUUGCUUGUGUUGAGUCGAAACGUCGUGAGAAUUGUAUUUUAUAUUGUUCUUUAUUGUUUCCCUUCUACGUGACUUUACCGAAAGAACCAAGAAUAUGAAUCCCUGCAGUCACGAAAGCUUUAAAUCAGCUUUUCUUUAGUUGAAAGUUACUUUUUUCAAGGCCGUUUACACUUCUUUGCGGAGCACAAGCACUACACGUAACUACUUCAGUGUUUUUGUGCAUCCAUGCGAAUAAGUGCUCAUGUAUUGUGUUUCAGAGCGUGUUUGUCUAAUUCUGAUGACUCGUUAACCUGCAGCGAGUAAAGAGCAACAUUCAAUGUGCACUUUAAUUCUUCUAUUGUAAUAACUGUAUUGUCAAAUCCCGUUCAUUUAUGGACUCUCAAAUUUACAUGUAUCCAAUGUGAUUUUCAAAUAAUCAACAAUUAUACUUGAAGUUGUGCUU